AUGUAUGGCAGGAACUGCCUUCCAGACGCGGGGAGCCUCCUGCGGAGGCCGGAUCGAUGCUCCAUCGGAUCGAUGCCGUGCGGCGUUAUGCAAAUCGCCUUCUUUGUAUCACGGGUCCUGCCUGCUGCGCUCCCAGCGCCCAGCGGGGUCCGAGAGCCUCGGAGAGGGACCCAGGCCAAGGGCAGCGGGCCCUGCAGCCUCCGCCCGCGAGGGGGCGCUGCCGCCUAUGGCCCUCCCUCCCUCUCCCCCUCCCUCUCCCUCCCUCUCCAUGGUCCUUUGCCCUCCGCCUUUGCCCUCGGCUUCCGGCGUUGCCAUGGGUGCGCAGCUUCCGCUUCCGCCUUCCUAGGUACGGGUUCUCCGGUGGAGGCGGCGAUGGCGGCGGCCUCGUCCUCCUCCUCCUCCUCCUCUUCCUCUUCUUCUUCUUCUUCCUCCUCCUCCUCUUCCUCCUGCUCCUCCUCGGCGGCCGCCGCGGGUUGCCGGGAGGGCCCGACAGUGGCGGCAGGGCCUGGCUGGAGCGACUCUCAGUUCCGCCGCUACUCCUUCGAGACGCGGCCCAUCCCGCGGCUCAGCCACAGCGACCCCCGCGCCGAGGAGCUCAUCGAGAACGAGGAGCCAGUGGUGCUGACAGAUACAAAUCUGGUUUAUCCUGCUCUGAAAUGGGACCUGGACUACCUCCAGGAAAACAUUGGCAAUGGGGACUUCUCAGUGUAUAGUGCCAGCACACACAAGUUUUUGUACUAUGAUGAGAAAAAAAUGGCCAAUUUUAAGAACUUCAAACCCAAGUCAAGUAGGGAAGAAAUGAAGUUUGCUGAGUUUGUGGACAGACUCAAAGAAAUACAGCAAAAAGGGAGUACUGAGAGGCUAUAUCUACAGCAAACAUUGAAUGACACAGUUGGAAGGAAGAUUGUAGUGGAUUUCCUUGGCUUCAACUGGAACUGGAUUAACAAGCAGCAAGGGAAACGUGGCUGGGGUCAACUGACUUCUAACUUGCUUCUUAUUGGCAUGGAAGGGAAUGUGACACCAGCUCAUUAUGACGAGCAACAGAACUUCUUUGCUCAGAUUAAGGGUUACAAGAGGUGUAUCCUGUUUCCUCCUGAUCAGUUUGAAUGCCUCUACCCUUAUCCUGUGCACCAUCCAUGUGACAGACAGAGCCAGGUGGACUUUGACAAUCCUGACUAUGAGAAGUUUCCAAACUUCCGGAAUGUGGUUGGCUAUGAGACGGUGGUGGGUCCUGGGGAUGUGCUGUACAUACCUAUGUACUGGUGGCACCACAUUGAGUCUCUCCUGAAUGGGGGGAUUACCAUCACUGUGAACUUCUGGUACAAGGGUGCUCCAACCCCAAAGAGAAUUGAGUAUCCCUUAAAGGCUCAUCAGAAAGUGGCAAUAAUGAGGAACAUUGAGAAGAUGCUGGGAGAAGCCUUAGGAAGUCCACAAGAGGUGGGUCCCUUGUUGAAUAUGAUGAUUAAGGGCCGGUAUGACUAAUGCCUGGUGCCCCUGGCUGAUGUUGGAGCUGCUUUGUUCACAAGCAAUGGAAGAUACUGAGCGCUAGUAUUGCACGCAGCACUUAACAGACUGAUGGGUUUCCUGGCCUAUCCUGGCCCCUCUACAAUAAAGGGGCUACUGGAACUGCAAAACCAUUAGUACCCUAUUCAUCCUCCACUCUCAUCUAACUGAACCUCCCAAGAAAGAGUCUGCACUUACUGGAAGCUGGAUUCAUGCUCACUAACUUGUUUAUUUUCUUCCCUCUGCCCUGUUUGCCACAACAAGGAGCAUGGCUUCUGGCACUUGGAUGUGUUACUUCAGGAUUUUCAGGCAUAUGAAGAAGAGCUUGGAGGAUAACCAGGAGCAAUAUUGUUUCCUCAGCCUCACGGGGUUUGGACCUCUUGGCUGGGUUUGUGUGUUGGUGGUGGCAGUGGAUAUAAGGUGGGAAAUGUUAGGUUUCACAGUCCUCUGUUGUUAGAGGACCUGUCCCUGCUCAACUCUGGCACCUUUUUGUAUUAAUGGAAGCAAACACAUGAGAUGGCCUGUGUGUGUUGAGCAACUGGACAAAUGAUUCAGUUCCUUCAACCUAAGACAUCUAUGCUUUAGAUGUAGUACAGGGUAGAGAUCAGAAUGAAUUUAUCUAGUGUGUGAGCACCAAAUCCUAUGCUGUCCAAAUAACAUCUUUCUUGUAUGAGUCUAGAUAAAUCUCCUUUCUGACAGCUUUUUCUGGGGAGUGUAGGCUUCUCUCCUGCUCUUUUGAAGCUGCAGUGUGGUUAAAAGGGGAUGAAGCAUUAUGAAGGGAGAUGCAUAAAUGCCAGGGCACUCUCCAAGUCUUGAAUGAUUAAGCCACAUUUUUAAAUUAAAUUUCCAAGGGAUACUGAGCUCAGCUGUCGAAACACAGUGUCAGAUAGGUAGAGAGCCUCACUUCUCCCCAGCAGGGUCCUGGCUGCUGAGACUAACGCAGGAAAGUGCCCUUUUUACUGAAACUGCAAGAACUCAAGUGUGUGUGGCUGCACACAGGUGCACAUGUUUGGGUGAUUUUGUGUGGCUCCUGUCCAUCAGUUAAAUCUAUGCCAGUGUGUGGUUCUCUUCCUUGUACAGUCAUGUGAAAGAGUUCAGGGCUUUUUGUUUAAAUGUGAUUAAGGUUAUCUUGAUCCUUUUUGUGUUCCGGGACUUGACAUGGCAGACUGGGAAGUGACAAGACCAGAGCACAGGAACCAGAUAAGCCUCUGUUUGAGUCCUCAGUAAUCACUCUGAAAAAUAACUUUGCUUUCCUCCUUCUCUUCUUCCAUGCAGAAGCCUUAGGCUCAUGUGGAAGCUGGCUUUUUCCCUGAGAUGUGCUGCACUGCUGUCCCUGGUUUGGGGGGUGGUGCAAAGGUCUUGUACUUUUGAUCUGGUUGUAAUGGGUUCCAAAAGCUAGAGGUGGGAGAAGCUGUUUCAUAGCCCAUGUAUCUCAUCCCAGAAAGAGUAGAAUUUGUUUUGUUGAGACUUCCCAGUGUUUCCCCUGUUGUGCUGGGCUUGUUCUGAUCUGGGCUCUGAUAAAAGUGUAACAUGCUAUUUGAGAAGUGCUCCAUCUUUGGUCUCAGGUCCCAUCUUUUGCUGGGACAGUUCAUGCACCACUUGCAGUAGGCUUGUCUUCCACAAAAGUGAAAGGCUUCUCAAACAGGAGGUCCUGAGGCAAGUUUUCAGGCUGCUUUACUGGUCAGAAUAAAUGAAGUUUAAUUGGCAGCUACAGGGUCCUUGUUCAAGAAACGUGUGUCAUGAGUAGUCUGACUGCCGUGUUGCAGGCUCUCCAGAGCUGUGGUUAGAUCCAGACGAAGAUCACUCUGCUGGAUGCUUAUCAAUGCUCAGCCUUUGGACAGCUGGGGAAGAACCUUCUGACUGGCAAAAAGCAAGGCCUUCCCAGGAAUCUUGGGCACAUGCCCUUUGUUGAAAGAUGGUCAAAUUAAAUCCCAUUUCUGUGCUAUUUAUUCAGCACAUGGUAGUCUUCAGUACUGCUUGUUAGACACCAUCAAUUCUUGAAGCUCAGGGUGGGAGUUCAUAUCCCAUGUGGAGAGAGAAUGGUACUUACAGAACUUCUAGGAUCCUUUUUUUUCUUUUAUUUGCCAAAGGUCUAACUUUUAAAGUGUCUGAACCGGUUUUGCUGCACUUGACUUUGUGAAAGCUCAUUUACAAUGCACUGAUGGACUGACUCCCUCCCCCUUCCCUUUUCACCUUGUGCUUUCAAUGCCCCUUGCCAUGGUAUUGGGAAGCUGUGUGUUCUCUGCUAGGGGUGUGUGUGCAGGGGGUGGGGUGUGACAAACACAUGGUACCUUCUGAAGUGUAGUGCUUAAAUACAACCAAUGUUGAACAACAGAA